AUGUGGGUUUUGGAAGAUCAUGGUGAGAAACAAGAAUGGUGUAAGAGUAUAUUAUUAACCAUGUCUUCUUCUACAUUAAAGAGUUUAGGAUAUAGCACUCGUAUCGCUGGUGUCACUCUUAAUGGUGAGAUUGUGAUAAUGCCGAAGACAUGGGAUUGUGUUAAACCAUUAUACGCAGAGUAUUAUGAUCCGAAUCAAGAAAAGAUUAGAAGAGUUGAACUGGAAAACACCUUCAAGGGACAACAAAAGGAUGUUCGUAUCAUUAGCUUCCCGGACCAUGUGGAGAAUCCUUACUUGUUCUCAUUAACUGAAAAAUUAUUAUUACUUUGA